AUGACGAACGAAGCUACUCCACCAACAAACAACGAGGCAGACUCAUCAACACACGCGAAAGAGGACCGCGCUUCUGGGACACAACUUCUCGUGGACACAGGCGCUGACUUAUCAGUUUUCCCUAGUUCGCGAAUCAAGCAAACACACUUACCACCGCAAAUCGCCGGCGUACCCUUCUCAAUGUCCUCUUCGAGCAUAGCCUCAUCCGCAACCGCAGCGUUGCAGCAACACGCCUAUUAUCAGUCGAAGGCAUCGGCGCUGUCGACAACUUCAGUGGUGACUAUUACCAAUCAGGCUGGGCCGCUGGUCACUAGCACUAUUGGCAUUAAUCAGGCGACGCCGCAGCAGCAGCAGCAAAGUUUGCUGGCAGCCACUCUUGCUACCUCUCGGCAGCAGAAACAGCAGCAGGCGCAACAACAGCAGCAACAACAACAACAGGCGCAACAGCAAGCACAACAAGCACAGCAAGUGCAACAACAACAGCAGCAGCAGCCAUCGUCUCAUGCUCAGUCACAUCUACAACAGCAACCGUCGCCACAUCAACAAUCUAUGCUCCAGCAGCAAUCACCCAGACUUCAUCCACAAUUAUCACCACACAAUCAGCCCCAACAACAACUGCAUCAAUCAUAUCAACAACAGCACAACCAGCAGUUGCUUGGAGAUCCGUUUGCUGCGAUGCUGACAGCGACACAAGAUCCCCCAACUGGUUUGUAG